AUGUCAGAACCAGAAUCAGACCCUAACUUCCAGAGAAGGCCAAACCCAAAGGGAUGGACCCCUCCAAAGGCCCCAUACAACCCAUACGACCCUACAGAUGCCAGACCAGCUGGUGGGUAUCCAUCGGAAUAUAAGAUUCCUGGUAAUCUGCCAUCUGGGUUCUCUUCAUUACCAAGAGACCCCACGCAGUACAAGAAGGUCAAUGAGACCAUGAAGAGACUUAACUACACACCAAGACCAGCGUCUCUGCUCUACCCGGGCCAAUACAAAGUGUUGCGUAAGAUUAACACAAACAUCAAAGUACAGACUGGAUCAAGAUGGUUUGGAACUUUUCUUGGAGGAUCCAUAGUGGUUUAUUUUUCAUUUUUUUACCGUUGGAAUGAUGGGAAGGAGAAUGUGUUUUCUGACUUCUAUAGAGCAAGACUCAGCAUAAAGGAAAGAAUCUUUGGUUUGGAUGAACAAGAAUAUGAUGAUUUGUAUCAUCCACGAGAAAGUAGAGUUAUCAUUAAAAAGGUGCGAGAUGCCGAAUAUAUUCCAGAAGAUAUGAGAAAAUACAAGGAGUCAGACAUGGCCAUGCACAAGCCUUCUGAUAGACAUUUCUUAGAGGCUGAAAGAAUCAAGCAAGAUCAAGAAGAACAAAUGUUGAGAGAAUUGGAUGAACAUCGAAAGUUCGCAUUAGAAAUGUUAGGCGAGGAUGACCAGCAACAAAUUAAGACUACGAAAAAGAAAUGGUGGAUAUUCUAG